CGCAUUCAACGACCGCCAACAGCGACGCCUCCCCUUUCGCCUGAACCUGUGCUAGCGGUAAUGUUGCAAUAGCAGGCGACCCGUUCAAGCCGUUGGUAGGCUUCGACACGGCACCGGCCCCGCGGCACAAUGGGCAUCUCUGGCCUCCUGCCGCUACUGAAGUCAGUACAGAAGCCAUGCAGCCUCAAGGCAUUUGCUGGGCAGACCAUUGGCGUGGAUGCCUACGGAUGGCUGCACCGCGGCACGGCUGCGUGCGCCAUAGAGCUGGCCCAAGAUAGACCGACGACGAAAUUUGUCGACUUUGCCAUGAACCGCGUUCGCAUGCUCGUGCAUUUCGGCAUCACCCCUUACCUCGUGUUCGAUGGCGACAAUCUCCCAAGCAAGUCCGGCACGGAAAAGGAUCGGAGAGAAAGGCGGAAAGAAAGCAGAAGACUUGGGCUGGAGCUCCUCAAGGUUGGAAAGACGUCGCAAGCCCACCUCGAGCUCCAGAAGUCGGUCGAUGUAACGCCGGAAAUGGCGCGCAUGCUGAUUGAAGAGCUCAAGCACCACAACAUCCAGUACCUUGUCGCUCCCUACGAAGCAGACUCACAGCUGGCCUAUUUGGAACGCAAGGGAAUCAUCGACGGCAUACUGUCCGAGGACUCUGAUCUGCUGGUCUUUGGCGCCAAAUGCUUGAUUACCAAACUCGACAAAUACGGCGAGUGCGUCGAGGUGAAUCGGAGCCAUUUCACAGCCUGCAGGGAAGUCAGCCUAGUAGGCUGGAGCGAUGCCGACUUUAGACGGAUGGCCAUCUUGAGCGGCUGUGACUACCUUCCUGGCAUUGGCGGCAUGGGCUUGAAGACAGCUUACCGAAUGUUGCGAAAGCAUAAGACGGUCGAACGCCUCGUCAAGGCUGUUCAGUUUGAUGGGAAGUUCAAGGUACCGAAUGGCUUUAUGGAAGACUUCUACCAGGCUGAAAAUACUUUUCUCUACCCGUGGGUGUAUUGUCCUAUGUCAAAGCAGCUGGUCAACCUCACCAGCCCGGGUCCCGAUGUCGACAUCUCGCAGAUGACCUACAUUGGAGAACAAGUACCUUCUCACCUUGCGUAUGGCGUCGCACGUGGCGAACUACAUCCGCGCUCGAAACAGCCCUUGAUCCUGCGAACACAGAACAAGCCGACGGGCAAACCUCUCCGACCAGCGCAGACGAGUAUCUCGACCUCACAAACACCGAUAAGCAAACAAGGUCGUCCAAUAGAUUCUUUCUUCAAGGCGAAGCGCACUCCUUUGGCAGAAUUGGACGUCAACCUCUUCACACCAUCACCUAGUCAGCAAUCGCUGCUAGAGCGACAACGAACAAACACCGGUUGGGAUGCAGUUCCAGCUCCACAAAGCAGCCACCGACCACAGCCUCCACGAGCUCAAACCGCGCCUCAGCCAGCGAGACGCAUUCUUUCAAACUCGAUAUCUGCGAGCCAAACCAGACCAAGUCGCUCGAAAAGGCAACGAUUGUGCUCGGACACUGAAGCCAGCACCCCGGCAACCAAUGAAAGCGAUGUCAUGCGAAGUCGCUUCUUCGCCUCGUCGGUCGCUGAACCAAGUCCAUCUCUCCGCCAUGACAAGACCCAAAGGAGACGAUCCAGCAAAGACUUCGAAUUGUAUUCCGACGAUUCUGUUGAGGAAGCCAUGGCCAGCUUGGUAGAUCCGGGAGGAAGUGGGCCUUCUCCUAGGAAGAAGAUGAAGGUAUUUAAGGACAGCUUCAUAUCUAGCAGGGCUAGUGACUCGCAGUCAAGUGUCUUAUCGAGAUCUACGCUAGGAACGUCACAGGAAACCCAAGAUGCCAGCGAGAUCACGCCUGCAACUUCGUUUGGCAGUCCUGAGCCUGAGACUGUUUUCAGUGCUCCCUUAUCGAGACAGCUCAACCAUCUGCGCUCGAGAUUCUCGUACGGCGCAACUACCUCUUCUCCAUUGACCCCACUCGCAUCGUCGAGACCACCGUCCGCUCGAAGUUCAAUAGCGCUCAAGUCUACUUCAAUCAAUCGUCACGUUCGACAGGAACAUGAUCCCGCGCUUGAUACAACAGAUACGGCUGUGGUCGGGGACUUUGAAGACGAAAUUUUGGUAGAAGCUACCACCUGGGCUGUUGCGGGAACCGAGGUAGAGGUGCCCGCCAGCGACACAGAGGACACUCCGCUUAAACCGGCUACGCCACGUCAGCAGCUUCAAGUGAAAGGAAGCGAAGAACUGCUCGUACCGGAGUCGAGCGACGCAGAGAGCAUAUGCUCGCCCCGCAAGCCGCUUCUGAAUCUUGGAAGAUUCGCAUUCGGCGCAUGAUCUUUUGAUGCGAUUAUUGAUACCCAACCAGGUCUCGAAGUUUUGCACAUGAUUGACGUUAUCUCAGCUACUUGUAUAUCCAUACCACGUGGACGAAUUAGCAUGAUUGGAUUGAGCGGUACAUUGAUUGGAAGCGUAAAGUGAGCGGUAUCGUUAAGUCCAUGUCAAAACGUCAACCACAUUUCUGCAUAUUAAUAUACCC